AUGGAACCCCCGGCAAAGAGACCAAGGACUGGCUCAUCACCAUUGGGUCAGCAGAACAAUUAUGAGGAUGACGAACUCAACUUUGAGCCCGAUGAGGUGUCUCAGAUGAGGGACCCCGGCUAUCAAUUUGAACAGUCUCGGGCUUUCGCAGCUUUUAAGCUCAAAUCAACGUUUGAGCAUAUCUUUGAAAAGUAUGAGAGAGAUUUCACGGGAAUUGGCGAUGAGAUUGAUCUAAGGACCGGCAAGAUCAUUACGAAUAAUGGCCAUCUGGAGAAUAUGCGAAAUGAAAGAGAUACAGGGAUACCUGACGAAGACGAAGAGGAUGAAGGGAUUCUUCUGGAAGACGCCUUUGGGUAUGACGAAGACAUUGACGAAGACGCCAAUCCCAGUACACACCAUACAGGUUCGCAUGAGAGUUCUGAUGAACCAGACGAUGACGACGAAAGAACCCGGCACGGAAAGAAGGACAAAACUAACAGAUUACCACGGGGUGUAUCUAGCACCUUGAGACUGGGAUCUGAGCAACGACUAUCGACGGCUUCUGAACCCAGACCGAGUUGGGGCUCGGAGCCAGAAGCUGUGGACCCGACCUGGAGGGCUCCUGAGAUACACCAACCGAAGCUGGGAGACAGCCUCAUGUCUAAGCUCCAUGGUGCGAGAUAUCGCUUCCCUGCCAGUCAGGGAUCUCAAUCUGUGUGGUCUUCCAGACCAGACAGCGAGCAGGAAAAGAUGACACCAGAACCUGCCCGAAUCGAUUUGGCAUUGCUAUCUCGUGCGAGACAGGAGUCCAUAAAAUUGGGAAGGCCAACGUCAAUGAAACUACUGCAGGCGUUCACCGCUGAGGAUGAAAACGGAGAUGAUAUCCUUGGAGUCUCAGUUGCGGAGCGAUCACCGGGAGUUGGUGAGACCAAGAACAAACCGACCAGAGCCGAAAAGCUCGAUGCAAGUGAUACACAAGAGCAGCCCGUGCCAACAUUGGCAGGUUCUUCUAGACUGGGUUCUCCCGACAAAGCCAUUGCAACAUAUACCAAAACUGAAAAGUCGUCAAAGAAGGAACCAAAAAAGAAACAGACUGUUAAGACCAGACUCCCAAGCUCGAAGACGACGGCUGAAAUAGCGGAGAACGAAUCCGAAACAGUUGAAACGCACUCAAAAGACGAUGUUGCCGAAAGUGAAGCUGGACCAGCUGUGCCUUACCUCGUGACAAACGACAAGGUACAAAAGAAAUCGAUACAGCGACUUGUCAUCGAAUUGCCCGCAAGAGUUCCUGCUCCAGAAGACAUUACCGAGGUUGAGGACCCCGAGGAUGUUGAUACAUUCGUUCCAGCAGAGCAAUCUCCAGUGGCUACUCGAAAGUCCAAUGUCCCCAUUUCUGGCGUGCCUUCAAAUGGCUCGAUGUCGAAGAGCGCACUAGAAACGGCCUUUUCCGAGCCGCAAGAUAUCACUGCGGAAGAUUUGUCGGUGGCUACCGAAGAACAAUCCAAGAAAGACGUCAACGCACCCAAAGAGAAGUUUACAAGGCACGAGAUUGACCCCUCCUACGCCUUCUCCGAUGACGAAGAAGGCAUUCCUACAAUACGAACAAGAAGCCGGCGUGGCGACAAACUGGCUUUAGGUCGGACAGUUUCAAAUAAUGAUAGUCCAACUUCGCUCGCCUCUGAAGCAUUGUUUAAGGAUGUGGAAGCCUCAAAAAACGAUAUUGGCAAGCAGACACGGCGAAAUAGCUCAAAUAUGACCUCAUUGCCAAACAUAAACGGACAUCUUGUCGAAAACUCCAAUCUUAUGGAUUUCGACUUCUCUGAGGCCGGGCAAGCUGACGAGCCAAUGGAGACUGUCGAGAAUCCGAGUGUCUCCCAGGGACAGAGUCACCCUUGGCAAAGCGCUGAAGAUUGCUCAAUGAUCGAAAAGUCACCAACAGGACAGUCUCUCGAACUUGAAAAGCCUUCUCAACAAGAAUUCAUCGCAGAAGGGCAAGGUGUAGUGGGUAUAGAGUCAACCCCUAUUACCGCAUCCAAGACCCUCCCAGAGGAGUCCCAACGUUUAGAGGUUCAAGACUCCGACGAGGACGAAGGCUUCACAGUCACCCUGCUUGACGAGAUCGACGACGUAGUUGUCACGGAGCCUGAGCCCGAGUCCCAGCCUGGGGUCAUGGACAUCGAGCUGCCAACCCUUCCACCGCCAGCCGAAACCCAAAUAGAGCCCAGUACUCUGCCUGUUCCUCCCAAAAGAGGACGAGGCCGACCCCGCAAAGCUGCCUCAGAACGUACCCAAAAGGAGUUUGUAUCACCUAUGCGCCGUCUGAAUCUUCAAUCAAGCAGUCCCCUCAAAAGAUACGCCGCCGCCAACCUAAAGGCACGCAAACCAGUCAACGCCAUUAAGGCGUCCGAUACAACCACUGUCAAGUCCAAAUUACCAACCCUCGAACGCGAAAUCUCCUCCAAAUCCUCCACCCAAGCCCAGCAAGAGACUGAGAAAACAUCUCCUUUCCCUCCACGACCGUCCUCGACAGCCAAGGACUCUCCGCACCCACACACCCCUUCAUCCAAGUCGCAGACUACAAAACGCACCCCGUCUUCCCGCCGCUCAUUCGUCUCCCUUGUCCCGGACGAUGACGGAGACGAGCUCACCCUCAGCCUAUUCAGGGCCUGGACAAACAACAGUGGCGGGUCAUCGGACGGGCGAAGAAAGGAGCCAUACGCCCCUGUGCUGCUUGCCGGCCCGCAGACCAAGAUCACUACGCCGAUGAAACAACGCUCGCACAACAUCGGCAGUAGUGGCAGCGGGGCCAGUAAGGGGAGGAAGCGGAAGGCCGCAUGGGCUUUCGCCGCAACGCCCACUGAGGUUGGGUUUGGAAGCCCCUCGGGGUCACUCGUGAAAACGCCGGGAGGACGAAUGCGGCGUUGCGGAGAAGACGGGUUCAAGUGUGAUAGGGAUUUUUGCUUUACAUGUUUAUAG